UUUGAAACUGAAUCAAUUUUUCGAUUAGAAAAUAGAAUUCAGUCUUCGUCUCUUACUCUUACUUAAUUUUGCUAAAUCAGCAAUUAUUCAAGUCGUUUUUAGUAAUGGUGAUUCUGUUUACUUAUAUCUAGAUCUUUUGGUUCAAGUUUUAUUUUAUAAAUGGCAGAAGCAACAGAUGUGCGUAAACUGGUUUACGCUAUAGUAAAGUUCCUGAAGUCGCAACUAAAUGACGGUGGCCUGUCAGGAGAAUGUGCAGAGGGGGUGGAAGUUGGAAUUCAGUGUCUUGAGGCAGCUUAUAACAUUGAUUCGUCAGAAACUUCUCUGGAUGUGCCUUGUGGUCUCAAGCAAAUAUUUGACAAGUACCUAGCAGAAAUUGAAAGUGAGAAAGAAGCCUCUCCAGAAGAUAAGGCCUCAGCUGAACGUUUGAAGCAGGAAGGCAAUAAAUUUAUGAAUAUCCAGCAGUUCCAAGAUGCAGUAGCUUGUUACACUAAAGCAAUUAACCUUGAUCCAAAGAAUGCUGUAUAUUAUUGUAAUCGAGCUGCUGCUUCCAACCGACUCGGAAAUUAUGAAAGUGCCAUUCAAGACUGUAAGACUGCUCUCAAGUAUGACCCCUCUUAUAGCAAAGCCUAUGGAAGAUUAGGAUUGGCGUACGCUAGCUUGAAUAAGCAUCCGGAAGCAGUCAUGUAUUAUAAGAAAGCUGUUGAACUGGAGCCUGAUAAUGAAAACCAUAAGACUAACUUGAGAAUGGCAGAAGAGGCAUUGAGAAAUGCUCCUCAGUCAUCACCGAUGAAUUUUCCUAAUUUGGACCUGGCCACGAUCUUUACCAAUACCAACAUUCUCACUAUGGCCUCUCAGAUGUUAUCUGAGCCCUCGAUGCAAAACAUGAUGAGCAGCAUUUUUUAUGGUGGUGGAGGAAACCAAGAAGCAGGUGGCAUAGAAGUUUUGUUGCAGGCAUCACGAGACCUGGCUCAGCAAAUGGAGACUGAAAACCCUCAGUUGGUGGAGACACUUCGCCGCCAUAUGACUGCAGGGGGUGCAGCACCAGGGGUAGGCCCUGGUGGAGACGACAGAACUGGUGAUAGUAGUGGGGAUGGUGAUCCUCUAGCCAAGGAAAACAACAAGGAUCCCAAGCCAGAAGCAUAAUUAUGUCUUAUUCAUACCAAAGGUUCUUCCUAUUGCUUGCUAUUGGAUUUCAUGUUUUAUCGUUUGAGUUCACUUUUUUAUUUUCCCAGUAAAACUUACAUUUGUUGCCUUUUAUAAUUUAUGGACAUUUUGAUUUUGAAGCAAGCAUAAACACGUGUUAAGUUAUAAUGUUUUCCAUAAUAUGUUAUUGUUAUUGUUUUUUUGUUACAUCCUUGUUCUAUACUCGGUUGAUGCACAAUGUAUAUUAAAUAUUAAUUGAAUUGUAAGCAAAACAUUCACAGUUUUGAUCUGUUUGCUUAUUAGGAUUUGAAGGCGAUGUGGCAUUUUUCUCUAAAACCGAAGCAUGGAAUUUUGUUUUAUUUCAAGGAAUGUAAUUCAAAACAGUUGCUAUGAUUAUGGCCGACUGAAUAAAAAUCUUUUGUUUAAAAACAUGUAACUAUCAAUAAUUUGAUAAUCUUAAGUAUCAAAUAUUUUUUCACUCAUACAAUGCCGCAUAUUUUGUAAUGUUGAUAAUCUUCAAAUGGGUUUGUCGUUACUAAGAAUUUAAAAUCUAAGUUUUGUAUUAAAGGUAUUUGUUAUGUUACUUCCAUUAAUACUGACAUACUAUAUCUACCAUACAAGAAAAUGGAUUUCAACGUCCUAACGAUGAGUAACGUGAUUCUACCUAUCCUCAGUCUGGCUACGGAUCCAAAAUUUGAAUAGCUCCUUUGAGAAGCUAGUGAAUGCUGUUUCAGAAUGGUAUAUCACUAUUAUUAUUGCCACUAUCUUAGCUUUGUAUAGUGCCAGUGUUAAAUAUUUAAUACUAUUUUUGGAUGUAUGGAUAGUGUAAAAAGUGUUGAUACAGUCAAUAAAUGAUUAAAAGUC